UGAACUCGCUCGUUUUCGGCGCCUGUUGUGCGUAUGACCUGCCAGACCAUGUCCAUGGCCUCUCGUCUCCGCUACUUCAUCAACAGCCCCACGGGCCCCAAGACCACGCACUUCUGGGGCCCGGUGGCCAACUGGGGCUUCGUGCUCGCCGCUAUGGCGGACAUGCAGAAACCCGCUGAUGUGAUCUCCAUCAACAUGACGUCGGCUCUGUCGAUCUACAGUCUGAUCUUCAUGCGGUUCGCGUGGAUGGUCAAGCCGCGCAACUACCUGCUGCUGGCGUGCCACGCCUCCAACGAGACGGCCCAGUUGUACCAGCUCCAGCGCGGCCUGCGCUACCAGGCCAGCAAGAAGUCUGCUGAGAAGCAGGCGUAAGCUUUUGCUCGCUGCAGCUCUCUCAUCCAGUGUAGAGCGCCCUCCCGCCACCAAAGUCGUCGUUGGUGCUCCGGUUUGACUCUUCCGACAGGAUUUGACACUCUGCUUCCGUGUUCGUGUUUCUGCGUCAACAAGAGCUUCCUUGGUAAGCCUAGACUGCAUGCAUCGUCCUGGUAAUAGAGAAGAGAUAUGAUUUUAAAGGAU